AUGAAGGUUUCAGCCUUUCUCCUUGUGCUAGCGCUCGCGGCGCUUGGCAUUCCAGUCCACAGCGAGGGUCCAGCAAAGCACCUUCGUGGAGAGGCAGCACGCGAAUCGGUCAAGCAGCCCGAAGCCUUGAAAAGCACUGAGGGACCACACACAGGCAGUGAAGGUUCGGAAAGUGAGCUUGAACCCCAAAAACCAGAGCCAGCACAAAAUCAACCUGGUCCUGAUGGCGUAGGAGUUCCAGCAAAGGAGCUUGAGACCAAAGCACCAGAGCAAGGUGAGACGGCGGAGCCAAGUGUAGCUGGAAUUCCUUCGAAAGAGACUGAAAAGACUGAGACCAACCAGCCAGAAGGUCAAGAGACAGCGGAAGCAAGUCAAAUCGGCGUUCCGGCAAAGGAGAUUGAGAACAAGAAUGCGGAACAGGAUGAGACACCCGAGCCCAGCGAAACUGGAGUUCCGUUGAAAGAGACCGCCGCCAUGAAGCCAGAGGGCCAAGCAUCACAACAUGUUGAGGCUGUGAAACCAAGUGCCAUUGGCGUUCCGGCGAAGGAGGCUGAAGCACAACAAAGUGCCAAGGUUCAAGGACCUGCGCCUAGAACCCCAGGUGCACCCAAGGAGGAAGAUGAAGAUGAGCCCUUUGAAGAUGGUGACUGGGAGUGGGAUGAUGUCGAACUCUGGGGAGCUCCAGAGCCAUGGGAGUGGGAGUGGGGUGCUGUGGAUGGGCCAGAUCCAUGGGAGGAGGCUCCAUGGAUUCCAUACAGCUAUGCAGCAGGGCGAGACGGCCCAGAAAAUUGGGAAAGCCAAAGUGUGGGGGCCGAUCUGGAAGAGACAGGAAAAGAGGCAGAAAAGCCGAUGGAGACAACGGCAACAACCGGUUUGAAAGAGGUCACCACCCCCGGUGCCCCAAAUGCUCCGAUGCCCAGAUCCUUUGUUUCUCGCCCCGGGCGUGGCGGCGGCCGCCGUGGAGGCCGGCGGGGAGGAGGUCGCCGUCGCCCCGGUCGUCGUUGGGGUCGCCGACGCCCCGGUCGUGGUUGGGGCCGGCGAAGGCCUUACCGCCCCAUCUAUCGUCCACGCCCCUACCGUUAUCGGCCGGGCUACUGCCCAUACUGGCCCUACUGUUGGUGA